AUUGGCUGGCGCUGGCGAGGCUGAAAAGGCGGGACGGGAAAGGAGGCCGUCGGGGAUUGGCGGCGGAGACCUUGGGGGUGGGAUUCAAACCUGGAAGGAUGCGGCGGAGGAAGAAGAGCGAGAUGCUUGAUUGGGGGAAAGUCCGUUGGGGCGGGACCGGAGCCGCCCAGGAGGCGGGCCCUAAGCCGGCAGCGUACAGCGGAUUGGAGGGAAGGCCCUUAUGGGGCGGUUCCCUGAGCCCAGGGACCGCCCUUCCGCGAAAGAUGGCGGCGCCCAGUGAGACGUCGGGCCGAGCGGGGUUCAGCUCCGGGCCGAUGCAGGCGUCGCUGGAGGAGCUGGAAACCGACGACGAGCCGGAGAAGCAGCUGGAACGUCUGCACGAGAUCAUGGAGCUGCUCCGCGAACAGCACCUCAGAGAAACUGCACCUGAGCGUGUCUUCCAGAGCAUCAGGCAAAUCCUGAUAAAAUCCUCCCGCCAGGUGCAUCUGGCCUGCUGGGACGAGGGCCUCCGGGGACCUCUGGAGCCCCAGCUGCAGCUCCUGGCCGAGUGCUUCCGCUGCCUGAGGAAUGCCUGUGUGCAGUGCCCUGGGAACCAGAGCACAAUCAGGAACUUGAACUUGAUCGGCAGCACAGUGGAGCUCAUUGAUUUAUUUCAGAAGCUGGACAUGGAGCAAGAAUCCCAUUUGACAGCUUUUCGCUGCAGCCUGCAGUUCUUGGGCAACAUCGCAGCGGGGAAUGAGGCUUCGCAAAAGGCCAUCUGGAAGGCCGCCUUCCCAGACCUCUUCUUGUACUGCCUCCGCCAUCCAGAUGAGAAGGUCGUUGCCUAUGCCUCCAUGAUCCUGUUCACGUGCCUGAACGCCGAGCGGCUGAAGGACCUGCAGACCAGCAACCUGCGCGUGCCUCUGCUGGUCAUUGAGGCCCACCGGAAGCAGCCCGACUCCGAGUGGGCCUUCCUGAUCAUUUCCAACUAUCUGCUGAAAAGCCCGGACCUGGUGAGAGCCAUGUACUCGAAGCUGAGCAACCCAGAAAGGGUUACACUGCUUGAUCUCAUGGUGGCCAGGCUGGCAGGGGGUGAGCCGCUGGCCAGAGAGGACCUGACCGCUUUUCAAAGUCACGCUGAAUUGGUUGCAAGUUGUUUCCAAGAAAAAUGCAAAUCUGUGCUGAAGCUUGCCUCAGAGUACGACAAUGAUGAGGAAGCCCUGGCCACCAUCAGGCUCCUCCAUGUCCUUUGUGAAAUGACUGCCAACUGCGAACUGCUCGGCUCCUUGCAAGCAUUCCCUGGGCUUCUGGAGACGGUUGUUGAGCUCCUGCGGCUGGCCCACCUGGCUGGGAAGCAGACCUCGAAUGUCUUCACGGUCGCCGCGUGUAUGCGGGGCGACGGGGACAUCGCCAACCCCGCGGCGGGCUUCAAGUCGCACCUGGUUCGCCUGAUUGGGAACCUGUGUUACAAAAAUAGCAAGAACCAAGACAAGGUGUACGAACUGGACGGCAUUCCCCUCAUUCUGGACAACUGCAGCAUGGAUGACAACAAUCCCUUUCUGAAUCAGUGGGCAGUGUACGCCAUACGGAACCUGACCGAGCACAAUAAAAGAAACCAAGAGCUGAUAGCAAAGAUGGAAGACCAUGGACUGGCAGAUACAACCAUGCUUAAGAAAAUGGGUCUUGAAAUUGAAAAACUAGAUGGGAAGCUUACUUUGAGAUCCACAAGAAAAGGUCCUAGUUGUGAAUAAUAUCGCCAUCUGACUCACGGCUCAUGGCUCCCUGGGAUUUACCAUCCUUGCAGGCUGUGAAAUUGCAAGGGUCUGAAAACUAUCUGACAGUGCAAAGCUAAAAAUGCCUUAAGUUUGGGAAAGCCGAAUGAGACGCCCCCAGCCCCGAUGGGCACCUUGGACAUUUAGCGGUUUGUGCCGUAGAAUUGCCAUAGACGUACUGGAUGUUGCGAUAAUAAAGUUUUCUGUUUGGGGUGGCACGGGCCUCCUGUGCUCUGAGAUCUGGACGUUUGUUCCCUCCUCCCGCUUCCACUGCUGAGGGUUCCGAGCUCCCCCUCCUGCCUCUCCAAAAGCGGGACAAAACUCACUUCCAGGGAGACGCAGAAUGGAAGCACCCCGCCCUAUUGUCCUUGCUGGCAGUGAAUGAUGAGGCCCAGGGAUUCAAGGGGCCGGAUUUAUGCUGCUGACCCCGAGUGGGGUUCAGAGACAUGGGGCCCCUGGAGUCCAUUACCCUGGAAAGUUUCGCGCCCGCUCUAACGUAACUACCUCUCAUCUGUUCUGCUCUACUGAGCUGGCUCAGAAGACCACUACGCGUUGUCUUUUGAAACUCCAAAAACCAAGAUGGCAAAGACAGGCACUGGUGGCUUCCAGGCGAGUCUGGCGGAGAAGGGAGCGGCGACGGGUAAGGACAGAGGUCUGUCCUCGGGGAUUCAAACAGAGCCUCCCAUCCCAUCUCCAGCGACAGUAAUAAUGCGCAUCCAAUCUGGACGUGCCCCUAGGGACCACUUAGCUCCUUUUUUAUGGAUAAGCCCAAAGGAGGGGACUGGCGUAGUCCCCCCCCACCCCCCACCCCGGCAGCCAGUGAUAGAACCGAGACUCAAGCUCAGGUCUUCCGCUUUUAGGUCCAAAGGAGCUUGGCCCUCUGCGUUCUAGCGCGGGAUUUGCCAGGGGAGUUCCCUCGCCCCUCGGGCCGUUUCCUUGUCUGCUAGAGGGAAAUCGCAGCGGUCCUGGGCCGCACGCCCGUGCUCUCCCUCGGGCCGGGCCUGCUAGCGGCCAGAGAAGCCCGUUCCCAGUGAGAGCACGAGACGAGGAGGCAGCGCCUGCUCCCGCGCCCGCUUUCCCACGCCAGUCGCUGAUCCUGAAACAAGCCAGCCGCCCAAGCCUGACCGAGGGUAGGACACCCCUGGCCGGGCCGUUCCGAAGCAGAAUAGCCCCCGCCUCCUCGCAGCCAUGUCUAAAUUGCUUUUUCACAAACCCGGAGACUUGGAAGAAUCCAGUGAAAGCUUUCCAAGGCGCUAAGUGAUGGCCCCCGGGUAUUAACGCUUAGGAAGCACUUUCAAGUCGGCGGGGGUCCUCCAAAGGCUGAGAGGAGCGUUUUCAUCACCUCCCGGACAUUCUUUCAGGAUAGAAACCGAGGCAAAUAAAAACGCAAAGAAUUCCCUUCUGUUCUGAAGGCACUGAGAGUUAAACUCCUACCCACAAAACAAAUCGAGAUGGAAGCCUGGCCUGAGGAAAAAACAGUAGGGGGGACAGAGGGGUCUCUUUUUCUCCUUUUUUAACGAGGUUGCAAUAGACACUUUUUUUUUUCGCCUCAAUGGUUGUCUGGCCACCAAUAGAAUCACGCGAACACGGACUUAGACACCACAUAAUGGGCGGCACAAAUAGCUAAAAGGGAAUCUUCUGGGAAUGGACGAGGGGGGUAAUAGUUAUGUGUUUUCUAAAUAGGAAAUGGGGGGCUUUCAGAGUGAAAACAUGCUGAUGACUCUAUUGUGAGCGGCUUUUGAUUCCCUGGGAUAGAUUAAUUCUUCGGAGACAACAGCUGCCCUGGCUCCCCCGGUGCCGCGGGAGCCCCGAAAGCCUUGUCUUACACCCCGGGAGGGAUUAAUACGCCAACAACAAAAUGAGGAGGAGGCGAGGGAGCGGCAGCCUGGGAGAGUUUGGGAAGGGUCAGGAUGGCCUCAGCAAGUCUUGUGACCGCCUUAUUGCUUUCAAGAGCUCACGGACAAACAAGCCCCGUUUUGGAGCCUCCCUUUAUUUUAAAAGCAACAGGGAAGAUGGAUUGUCUUCCUGGUAAUGAAAUCUCCCCCGUUUCUCUCCUGCUGUGUCGCAGUGGAUCGUCUUUCUCCCCAUGCUCUCUAGUAACUUUGGGGCCGAUUCUUUCCUUUGCCUCAGGCCCAUCCCAUCAUCUCAUCCCUAAAAGCCUGUGAGCUCUCCAAGAGGCAAGAACUGGGACCUCUUCUCUCUCUGCGCCCCCGACUUUACUCCGCCCUAGCAUACAGUAGGAACAUAACUACUGCAUCCCUUUUGAAUGAAGGAAUUUCCAGGGAGAUUUAGCUUCUUUCAAUCCUUUAAGGAGAGGGGUCACCAGCAUAAGUCUCCUGAAUGAAUAGAUGAAUGAAUGAAAAGCAUUUGUUAAGCACUUAACCAUGUGCAAAAAAAGAGGGGGGGGGCUACAGAACAGCAACCUCUGAGUGUUGGGCACAGGGAACAGCUGACGUCCCAGUGAUUGAAUACCCUGGUCUGGGGAAGUCUUCUAUGCGAUUCAGCAGACAGUACCCUUUGCUAGUUGGUUAGAUGGGUGUGAAGAAGAUCACAAAAGGUAACAGACCCUGUAAUAACUCUGGCUUCCUUUGUGCUUAAAAGCAACUUCCUGGGUUGCAGCUUAGGUAGUAGCUCCCAUUAACUUCUGAGGGGGAAGUGGUCUCUUUCCACAGGGGUAGUUGGCUGAGACUAGCACCUGCCUCUUGGAACUAACAGUCAAGGGUGGGAGGGGAGAGUGGAGAUGUAGCACGUACUCAGGCAAGGGAUGAUUGCUUUGGAAAACUCCAUCUGCCGUGGAGUCCUUCCUUCUGUAAGGACAGACCUAGGCAGAUCCAUGCCCAGUCUGUUUUCAGAAACACAGCAUCCGAUCAGACGAUAGGGAAAUGGAAUAGAUUAUGAGCCACCCCACCCUUCUUUUCGGGUACUGAAAAAAAAUAUCAACCCCGAAAUGAGGGCUUGAGAUAGAAAGAGAACAACCAUCGGUAUACUUUCUACAGUUGAGAUGGUGAUGUUCCAUUUACCCCAUUGUUUGCCAUCCCUAGAAAAUAAAGCUCAUGAAAAUAGCCUGCCCUCAGGUGUAGGAUAGUGGGGUGAAGGUAAAAAUUUGACAAAUGGAUUUAGAUUGAGUAGGGGCACUAGCUUUGGAAUCCAAGUUCAAUGCUUGCCCUGUAUAGGGUCUCUGGGUGCUGUCCGAGGUCCUGAUCAUCCUAUAGGCACAGAAAAUCACACAUCCUAGCAUUUAGCAUUGGAUGAGAUGUUAGCUGUAUCAGCCUUCUUAUUUUACAUAUAACUAAGACCCAGAGAAGUUACACUGUUUUAUUUAAAGAAGAGAAGCUAUUUCUGUGCCUUCUCCGUGAUUGGUAGAACUGUACAGCUAAGCAACACAAAGUAACAUACUAUGCCUGAUGGCUCAUGCCCUAGACUCCAACUGCCAUCUGCCACAUCUCUGUCAAGAGAGAAAUAUGUUUUCUCUUGAAUCAAGAGUAGUCUUUGUAUUGAUUUGAGUUCUUUUGGUCUGAGAUGAUCUUUUAGUGGUUAAUAGUGUUUCCAGUUUCAUCCCUGGGGUCAUUGUGUCUGUACAUUUGAUUGUUGCUUCAUGAAAGCCUUCCGGAGUUCCUCAGAAUUCUUCUUGUUUGUCUUUUCUUACAAGGCUUACAUUAAUAUCCACAGUUUGUUUAACCAUUUGCCAAAACCCACUUUGUUCUCAAGUUUUUGCUAUUGAAAUACAUUCCCCAUUUAAUA